AUGAGUGAUAACGACGAAAAGACUUACGGCGAGAAGCAUGCGCAUUCCGCGUCGCUUGGUGACCAUCUACACGGCCAACAACUCGGAACUGGCCCAGAAGUCCACGAUGUGGUCGUCGGUGAUCAAAAUGAGCUCCACAGGGAGCUGAAGGGCAGACACAUGCAGAUGAUUGCCAUUGGUGGUGCAAUUGGCGCUGGUCUUUUCAUCGGCUCUGGUUCUGCUUUCCAGAGUGGUGGCCCUGGCUCGGUUCUCAUUGGCUUCAUGCUCGUCGGUUUACAAGUCUACUUCAUGAUGCAGGCCCUUGCAGAAAUGUCGGUUAUGUACCCAAUCAAUGGUGCUUUCGCCAUGUACAUCUGUCGCUUUGUCGAUCCAUCCUUCGGUUUUGCUUGCGCUUGGGAGUACGCUAUCAGUUGGCUUACAGUCCUUCCCUACGAGAUCUCCGCUGCUGUCAACAUCAUUCACUACUGGGAAGGAUCUUUGAACGUUAAUGCCAGUGCUUUCAUCGUUCCUUUGCUCGUAGCCCUCGUCGUCAUUCAAUUCUUCGGCGUCAGAGGCUAUGGCGAGGUCGAAUACGUCCUUAGUGUCAUCAAGAUUCUUGCCUGCGUCGGCUUCAUGAUCCUCGGAGUCAUCAUUGACACAGGCGGCAUCCCCGGUGAUCCAUCUGGCAGAGGUUAUAUUGGUGGCAAGAUCAUCUCCCAAAACACCUUCCGCAACGGUUUCCAUGGUUUCUGUAGCGUUUUCGUCACCGCUGCAUUUGCUUACACCGGUACUGAGCUUACCGGUCUGGCUGCAGCUGAAACAAUCAACCCCAAGAAGGAAAUCCCAAAAGCUUCGAAGCAGGUCAUCUUCCGUAUCAUCAUCUUCUACGGUGUGAAUCUUCUGCUCAUCGGUCUCGUCGUACCAUCGGACCCUGAGAUCUACAGCGGCCCAGGAUCUUCGUCUCGUUACUCGCCUUUCGUCCUUGCGAUCAAACUUGCUGGCAUCAAGGUGCUUCCUUCCAUCUUUAACGCUGUCAUUCUCGUCGCAGUCAUGAGUGUCGCCAAUUCAUGUACUUUCGGCUCAACUCGCACAAUCCAAGCUUUGGCUGCAAACGGCAUGGCACCCAAGUUUCUCGCAUACGUCGACAAGAAGGGUCGCCCCUUGAAUGUCAUCAUUUUGCAGGUUCUUUUCGGUUGCCUCGCAUUCAUCAACUUGGCGCCCAAUGGAGGAGAUAUCUUCGGCUGGCUUCUUGCCUUGUCGGGUCUUUCUAUCCUCUUCAUCUAUGGAGGAAUUGGUCUAGCGCACGUGCGAUUCCGCGCAGCUUGGAAACUCAACGGCCACACUCUGGACGAGCUACCUUACAAGGCCUCCGCCGGUGUCUGGGGAUCGUACUUCGUCAUGCUCAUCACCGUCCUUGCGCUCCUCGCUCAGUUCUAUGUCGCGCUCUAUCCCAUCGGCGGCCCCAACUUGAACGCCAGUGCCUGGUUCCAGUCUUAUCUUGCCGGUCCUCUACUUGUGUUCCUCUACUUCCUCUGGAAAGUCUACAGUUGGUUCAAGAGACCGGCAGACAGACCCAUCUGGAUCAAGACUUCAGACAUUGACAUUUACACUGGCAUGAGAGAAAUCGAGCGCUUGUCUGACGACGAACGCAUGCUCGGUGAGAAGCAGAAGAAGGGACCCAUGGGUUACGCCAAGAAAGUCUACAACUCUCUGUUCUGA